AUGGAAAUUAUUGAUGGGGACAGUCCCCUUUAUGAAGCAGUACACCUUGCAUAUCAGAGCCACUGUGGUUACACUGCCUUUUUGCUUACUUGGACUAUUACGCUAAUAACACUUUCUGUUCAGUCCCAGAAAUCCUGGAUUGAAGGAGUAUUCAACAAGAGAGAAUGCAGUAAAGUCAUACCCAGCUCAAAAGACCCUCACAGAUGUACUGGAGGGUGCCAAGUCUGUCAGAAUUUAAUCAGGUGUUUCUGUGGACGACUGAUUGGAGACCAUCAUGGAAUCGAUUACCCCUGGACAGUUGCCACCAGUGAUGAGAAUAAUGAGCAAUGGUCUGUCGAAAAGCACACGACUAAGAGCCCCACAGACACCUUCGGCACCAUUAAUUUCCAAGAUGGGGAGCACACCUACCAUUCCAAGUAUAUUAGAACUUCUUAUGAUACCAAGUUGGAUCAUCUGCUACAUUUAAUGUUGAAAGAGUGGAAGAUGGAACUGCCCAAGCUGGUGAUCUCUGUCCACGGGGGUAUCCAGAACUUUAAACUGCCCCCCAAACUUAAAAAGAUAUUCAGCCAAGGGCUGGUCAAAGCUGCAGAGACGACUGGGGCGUGGAUACUGACUGAAGGCAUUAACACUGGAGUAUCCAAGCACGUUGGUGAUGCUCUGAAAGCCCAUUGCUCUCAAUCGCUGAGAAAAAUCUGGACAGUUGGAAUCCCUCCUUGGGGUGUAAUUGAGAACCAGAGAGAUCUAAUUGGAAAAGAUGUGGUUUGCUUGUACCAGACUCUGGGCAACCCCCUCAGCAAGCUCACCACGCUCAACAGCAUGCACUCCCACUUCAUCCUGUCUGAUGAUGGGACUGUGGGAAAGUACGGAAAUGAAAUGAAGCUCAGGAGGAAUCUGGAAAAGUACCUGUCCCUGCAGAAAAUACACAGCCGUACAAGACAAGGUGUGCCCGUGGUGGGUCUGGUGGUGGAAGGAGGCCCCAAUGUGAUCAUCUCCGUGUGGGAGACUGUGAAGGACAAAGACCCCGUGGUGGUCUGUGAAGGCACAGGCCGAGCUGCUGACCUCCUGGCCUUCACCCACAAACACCUAGUGGAUGAAGGGACUCUACGUCCUCAGGUGAAAGAGGAGAUCAUCUGCAUGAUUCAGAACACUUUUAACUUCAGUCUCAAACAGUCCAAGCACCUCUUUCAGAUUCUGAUGGAGUGUAUGGUAUAUAAGGAUUCUAUUACCAUAUUUGAUGCUGAUACUGAGGAACAACAAGACCUAGACUUAGCAAUCCUAACAGCUCUGUUAAAGGGCACAAAUUUAUCAGCAUCAGAACAAUUAAACCUGGCGAUGGCCUGGGACAGAAUGGACAUUGCGAAGAAACAGAUUCUAAUUUAUGGGCAACAUUGGACGCCUGGCACAUUAGAACAAGCGAUGUUGGAUGCCUUAGUGAUGGAUCGGGUGGAUUUUGUGAAACUCUUGAUAGAGUAUGGAGUAAACCUCCAUCGCUUUCUUACUAUCCCCCGACUGGAAGAGCUCUACAAUACUAAACAAGGACCUACUAAUAUGGUCUUACGUCAUCUUAUCCGAGAUGUAAAACAGAAUACCCUUCUCUCAGGCUACAGAAUCACACUGAUUGACAUUGGACUGGUAAUUGAAUACCUCAUUGGUGGAGCGUAUCGUAGUAGCUAUACUAGAAAAAAUUUCAGAGCCCUGUACAACAACCUCACCAGAAAUAACAAGCCCUCCCUUCACCGGAGACGCUCUUCAGGAAGUAGAAAUGUGUCCGUGGAAAGCACACUGCAUUCUCAAUUCAUCCGAACAGCCCAGCCUUACAAACUCAAGGAAAAGUCGAUAGCCCUUCAUAAAUCAAGGAAGAAAUCAAAAGAACAAAACAUGUUAGAGGACCCCGAGUCUACUGGGUUUAUUUACCCUUACAAUGACCUGCUGGUUUGGGCUGUGCUCAUGAAAAGGCAGAAGAUGGCAAUGUUCUUCUGGCAACACGGCGAGGAGGCCACGGUCAAGGCGUUGAUUGCUUGCAAACUCUAUCGCGCAAUGGCCCAUGAAGCUAAAGAGAGCAACAUGAUGGAUGAUGCCUCUGAGGAGUUGAAAAAUUACUCAAAACAAUUUGGCCAGCUUGCCCUGGAUGUGUUGGAGAAGGCAUUUAAGCAGAAUGAGCGAAUGGCUAUGAAGCUGCUGACGUAUGAACUCAAGAACUGGAGCAAUUUGACGUGCUUGAAACUGGCUGUAUCUGGAGGGUUGAGACCCUUUGUCUCACAUACUUGUACCCAGAUGCUUCUCACUGACAUGUGGACAGGAUGCCUAAAAAUGAGGAAGCACUCCUGGCUAAAGAUCAUUAUAAGUAUUCUUUUACCACCCACGAUUUUGACGUUGGAAUUUAAAAGUAAAGCUGAGAUGUCGCAUAUUCCACAAUCCCAGGACUACCAGUUUACAUGGUAUAAUGGUGACCAGAACCCUGGCAGUACCAAGGAAAGUGCUUUCAUGAAUGACUGUGAUGUGGAAAAGGGUACAGACGAGAAAUUUGAUGAAAAUCAGCACUUUGAUGUAAAUUGUGGACCCAAAAGCUUUCCAUGGACCAGGAAAGUCUAUGAGUUCUACAGUGCACCGAUUGUCAAAUUUUGGUUUCAUACGAUGGCUUAUUUGGCCUUCCUCAUGCUGUUCACUUACACUGUGUUGGUAGAGAUGGAGCCCCAGCCCAGCACGCAGGAGUGGCUUGUUAUCAUUUACAUCUUCACCAAUGCCAUUGAGAAAGUCAGGGAGGUCUGUAUUUCAGAGCCUGAGAAGUUUACUCAAAAGGUCAAAGUAUGGAUUAGUGAGUACUGGAACCUAAUGGAAACUGUGGCUAUUGUCCUGUUUUCGGUUGGUUUUGGCCUUCGGUGGGGUGACCCUCCUUUUCACACAGCAGGAAGACUUAUCUACUGCAUAGACAUCAUUUUCUGGUACACGCAGCUCCUGGAUUUCCUUGCUGUGAAUCAACAUGCAGGUCCCUAUCUGACCAUGAUUGCAAAAAUGACAGCCAAUAUGUUCUACCUAGUCAUCAUGAUGGCCAUAGUCCUGCUGAGCUUUGGAGUAUCACGCAAGGCCAUUCUUUCUCCAGAGGAGCCUCCAUCUUGGACGCUAGCUCGAGAUAUUGUGUUUGAACCAUACUGGAUGAUAUAUGGAGAAGUUUAUGCUUCUGAUAUCGAUGCUUGUGAAGACCAGAAGCCUUGUCCUCCUGGUUCUUUCCUCACCCCAUUCCUUCAGGCUGUCUACCUCUUCGUGCAAUACAUCAUCAUGGUGAACCUGUUGAUUGCUUUCUUCAACAAUGUGUACUUGGAGAUGCAGUCCAUGUCCAAUAAACUGUGGAAAUACAACCGCUACCGCUACAUCAUGACCUACCACGAGAAGCCUUGGCUGCCUCCACCCUUCAUCCUGCUGAGCUACAUUGGCCUCCUCAUCCGCCGCCUUUGCCAUCAUCAAGCUCCGAACGACCAAGAGGAGGGUGAUGUUGGAUUAAAGCUCUACCUGAGUGUUGAAGAUUUGAAAAGACUUCAUGACUUUGAAGAGCAGUGUGUGGAAAAAUACUUCCAUGAGAAGAUGGAAAGCCUGAAUUGUAGCUGUGAGGAACAAAUUCGAGUGACAUCCGGAAGGGUUACAGAGAUGUGCUUCCAACUGAAAGAAAUGAAUGAGAAAGUGUCUUUUAUAAAGGACUCCUUACUGUCUUUGGAUAGCCAGGUGGGACACCUGCAGGACCUUUCUGCCCUGACUGUGGACACCUUAAAGGUCCUUUCUGCUGUUGAUACCUUGCAAGAGGAGGAGGCUUUCCUGGGCAACAGAAAGCAUUCCACUUGCAGAAAACUUCCCCACAGCUGGAGCAAUGUCAUCUGUGCAGAUGCUCUAGACAGCAUGGAGAUCUCUGGGGAGAAGUACCACCAGGUUUAUAGCAUGCCCCCUUCUUUGCUGCAGAAACUGACCAGAGGCGAGCAUCCCUCCAGAAUGCAGAGGGGGGCCCUCCUUGAGCUUACAGACAGUCUGAAACAGGCUCCCAGUGUGAGCGAUGCCUCGGAAGAACAACAAACAAGAAAUGAAAUAGCUCCAUCUAGAACGUCCCUUAAUUGGCAAGCGAUCUCAAAACAUGGCCCAUUUAUGGUCCCUUCUUACAUAAAGCAAGUUCCUUUCUCUGCAGAAACAACUUUGUCUCUGCCCACAUCAUCUGAGAAAGAAGGAGCAGAUUUUCAAGCACCUGGACAGGUCAUCCAGAGUGAGGUCCCCAUUCAUCUGAGUUGGCAGACACCAGUUUUCUCAGACCAGGAGUUAGUAGAUGAACCUAAGGAGCAAUCUAAGCCAAUCACUCAGGUAACAGCCAAACAAGACAGUGAGGAACAAGUUUUACCUGUUUUGUGUUCCAAAUCUGUAUCCCAUAGGCCAUUCUCCCUUCUGUCCCAAGGGGAGAACAUGCAGCACACUGGAGGUGGAUAUGUGAACUGGGCAUUUACAGAAGGUGAUGAAGUUGGUACACAUAACAUCAAGAAAAAAUGGCAAACUUGCUUAGCCUCCACCUGCAGCAGUGACUCAAUCCAGAGUGGGCCCUCCCAGAUGCAAAGCCGGGCCAGAUCUUUGUCUGAAAACUCAACGAGAUUGGCCCAGUGUAGUGACUGUGCAGUGCUGGAAACAGGGCUCCAGCCAAACUCUUCCUCGUGGGUCCAUCCUCUUCGCAGAAGCAGCAACUUCGUCAGAAGUCAUAGUUUCCGUUUCCACAAAGAAGAGAAAUUGAUAAAGACCUGUAAGAGUAAAAAUCUUUCAGAAACUUCAGAAAUAGGUCCAUCAGCAUGGGUCAAAGCAAAAAUUCUAACCAAAGACAGGAAAUUGUCAAAGAAAAAGAAGAAAGCACAAAGACUGCAGAUUCCAGUCAUAACGGUCAACACCUGCUCUCAAAUGGACCUGUUGAAUUCAGAGUCAGGAGAAAACAUCUCAGGAGAAGAGGAGUACAGCAAGAACUGGCUCACUGUGUCCAAAUUUAGUCAGCUAAGUUUAGAACCUUACAUAUAUCAGAAAAUAAAAAGUAGAGAAAUUGAACGGCAUGCUGUGCAAGUCAGUGAUUACUUACAGCAAUCUCAAGAGGAUCUGAGCAAAAGCUCUCGGUGGGAUUCCAGGAGCACCACCCUCAGCAGGACCUCCCUGUUGAGAAGUUCAGAUGGAGUUGAUAAAAUCUCAGCCUCCUUAAAAAGCCCCCCAGAGCCUCACCAUCAUUAUUCAGCCAUUGAAAGGAACAAUUUAAUGAGGCUUUCUCAGACCAUACCAUUUACACCAAUCCAACUGUUUGCUGGAGAAGAAGUGACUGUCUACAGGCUUGAAGAGAGUUCCCCUUUGAACCUUGAUAAAAGCAUGUCUUCUUGGUCCCAGCGUGGGAGAGUGGCCAUGAUCCAGGUGUUGUCUCGAGAAGAGAUGGAUGGUGGCCUCCGCAAAGCCAUGAAGGUCAUCAGCACCUGGUCUGAGGAUGAUGUUCUCAAGCCGGGGCAGGUUUUCAUUGUGAAGUCCUUUCUUCCGGAGGUUGUUCAGACGUGGCAUAAAAUCUUCCGGGAGAGUACUGUGCUCCAUCUAUGCCUUCGGGAAAUCCAGCAACAAAGAGCAGCUCAAAAACUGAUCUAUACCUUCAACCAAGUGAAACCACAAGCGAUUCCUUAUAUGCCAAGAUUCCUGGAAGUUUUCUUAAUCUACUGCCAUUCUGCUGACCAGUGGUUGACCAUUGAAAAGUAUAUGACAGGAGAAUUCCGCAAGUAUAACAACAACAAUGGUGAUGAAAUUGUCCCCAGCAAUACUUUGGAAGAACUUAUGUUGGCUUUCUCUCACUGGACCUAUGAGUACACCCGAGGAGAGCUGCUGGUUUUAGAUUUGCAAGGUGUUGGAGAAAAUUUGACAGAUCCAUCUGUUAUAAAACCUGAAGACAAACGAUCAAGAGGAAUGGUGUUUGGACCAGCCAACUUAGGGGAAGAUGCAAUUAGAAACUUCAUUGCAAAACAUCGCUGCAACUCCUGUUGCCGGAAGCUCAAACUCCCCGAUUUAAAAAGAAAUGACUAUAGUCCUGGAAGGAUAAAUCCCACUUUUGGACUUGAGACCAAGAUGGAAUCAGCUGAGGGAUUUCUGGCAAAAGAAAUCAAUGAUUCCCUAGAAGAACUUACUCGAUUGCCUCACUGGGAUAUGGUGAAGGAGUUCCCUUCAAUGUUGAACUCUCUUCAGGGGCCCAUGGCGUGUGUUCUGGAUCCUCUCAGUCCACAGGAAAAUACAUGGGCUAAUCCUCUGGGAAUAUUGCUGCUUCAGACCCCGCGGCUCCAUCUGGCCACUCGGCACACCGGCGGCUGA